AUUAGUGUCUUUCUUGAACACUUUGUCAGAGUGCUCCUGUUUGUGUUGGAUAUCAUUAUUUCAGAAAGGGUUAGAAAGAGACUGCAGUACCUUAAAAUUAUGACGAGUCAGCAUCUGGACUGCGACGACAUGGAAUUAACUUGUCUUGUUGCUCCUGUCGACUCUUCGCCCAAAAAGGCGGAAGCACCAGCUGGAGCAGACCCGCAGACUAUGAAAGUUUACCUAAGAGUUCGACCUUUCUCCAAAGAAGAACUUUAUAACAAUGAAGAUCAGCAUUGUGUAGUGAUUGAAAACGACCAGAUGGUGACACUGCAGGCACCAAGAGGUUCUGCCAGCAUAAAGAACAGUGAGAAAGGAGUUGGAAUGUCCAUCCACAAGUUCUCCUUCUCAAAGAUUUUGGGCCCAGCAACAUCGCAGUCAGAGCUGUACGAUGACGUCAUCAGUGGUCAUAUGACUUCUUUCCUGCAUGGCGACAACUCGCUGAUCUUCAGCUAUGGCGUCACCAACGCUGGCAAGACUUUCACCAUCCAAGGAAGUGCAAAGGAGCCAGGAAUACUACCUCGAGUACUGCAUACUACAUUUGAGUACAUAUCAGGACAUCAGUAUGACAACAUGGACUUUAAACCUCACUUCAGAAACGACGUGCAGCAUCUCAGUGCUGAUCAAGUCAAGCAGGAGAGAAACAUCAAAGCUGCCAUCUUGGCUUCUUUCAAGGAGGAAUUUGAUCCCCUAAGAAACAUUCAUGCAUCGGAAUCCUCUUGUGUGGCUCAACUCUCUCUGGCUAACAAUGACACAGAGUUUUCCGGCAUGCUGACAGAAAGCACCGUUGACUUUGCCCUCUGGGUCUCGUACUUUGAGAUCUACAAUGAAAGCGUCUAUGAUCUCCUUCAGCCAUCUUUUUGCUCAAAGUCCAAGAAACGUGCUGCUCUGCGCGUAUGCGACGACGGUGCCGGCAACGCUUACGUCAAAGAUUUGCGGUGGAUCAACAUUCAGGCUUUGAGUGAAGCCUGCAAACUUCUACACUUGGGGAACAAGAACAGAAGUGCUACUGCCACCAAGAUGAACCAUUUAUCCAGCAGAAGCCACAGCAUAUUCAACUUGAAGCUGCUGAGGAUUGAGAGCAACAUGGUUACAAGAAUGUCAGAGUUUUCUCUGUGUGACUUGGCUGGUUCUGAGAGAUGCAACAAAACCAAAACGUUUGGAGAGAGGCUGAAGGAGGCGGGAAAUAUAAACAAUUCUCUGCAUAUAUUAGGAAAGUGCAUCAUGGCGCAGCGCAACAACCAGAUUGAAAGGUUGGUUGUCAGUUUAAUUAUUAUGUUCUAUUUCCUUUCAACACUUCUUCCCCCAAGCAGAAUGAGGAGCAGCUACAUUCCUUUUCGGGAGAGCAAACUCACCAAACUCUUUCAGGCUGUCUUCUGUGGCAAAGGAAGAGCUUCCAUGAUCGUCAACAUCAACCAAUGUGCCUCCACUUAUGAUGAGACGCUACAUGUUAUGAAGUUCUCUGCUGUAGCCAAACAGGUGGUGCAGGUGAUCCCAGACAAGCCUUUGGGGUGUCUGUCUCCAUCCCUGGUGGGUCCUGAUGGCAAAGCUCUGGUAAAGAAUGUUAACAAGAAGUUGGAAAGACGUCCUUCUGAAGAUGAGCUGUUGAAUGAUGGAGACGAAGCAGACAUGUCCUUACUGCCCCAAAACGAGCUGCUGGACGUGAUCGAAAGCCUCAAAACAAAACUGCAGUCUGAGCGAAGAAGAAACCUGCAGCAGGACAUGGAGAUCCGUCAAGAAAUGGGUGAUGCAAUGUUACAGCAGCUCAUGGAGAGUGAGGAAGUCCGCAGUCAACAGAUUGAGGAGCUGAAGGAGAGCUACCAAGAAAAACUAGAGAGCACGUUUGAGAUGUACAAGGACGCCAUUAAAGAGCACGCUUACAAAAGUGCAAUGAACAACCUGGAAGACAACUACGUGCCUCUUGAUGACUUCAUUGCAGAGCAGGACAAAGUUGAGGCCCUCAAACGACAGCUGGCACUGUUGCCGUCGGUUACCAGCCAGUGCGCGGUUACAAGUGUGCACGCUUCAACACAAACUCUACAAUCCAAAGACUUUGAAGCAACUGAGGAUCGUUUGAGACGUCUUCACAAAGAGAAAACUGCAAUAGAAAUAAUGUGUGAAGACAAACAACAGUUAAUUUUAUCGUUGGAGAGGAGGCUGAUGGAGCUGAGUGAAACACUUCAGAAGGUUAGAGACAAUUUCUUGGAAAAAUCAGCUGAGCUUGAAGACCUGCAGGUGAAAACUCGUCAGCAGACAACAGCAAUGGAGGAAAUGUUGUGUCAGUGUGUGGAAAAGGACAAAGAAAUCAAUUCCCUGAAGGCAGAAAUCUCCAAGUCGGCUACUAACUCGCCUGUGCAGGUGAAGAGCAAGAAAGGUCUUCUAGCAAACAUCAGAAACGUCGUCACUUCUCCUCGAAACACUUCAAGUGUUCACCUGCUAAGAAGUGUGAGGACUCAACACCGCUGAUCUUCUAACAAGUUAGAUGCCAACAUUAUUUUAAUAACAAAUGUUUGCAUUUUGUAUGAUGGCCUUUUAUUAAAAUUUGACAAUUAUUUUAAGAUAAAAUUCUGCUUUUUAUGAUCACAUUUG